CUCACAUGCUGCACUAGAUCAUUCGAGCUAUUGUGGAUGAAACAAUGAAGGCCGAGCAGAGUGCGCUUAUAAACCCUACAACCGGACAGACUUGAUAGCGACCUUCAGGAGACACAGUGACCAACAGAGAGUAGGAGACUGUCCCGGGCCUCUCCUUGAUGGCGUUUACAUUAGGUAGGGGGGCCACGCUUUGUGGCUUUGCGGCCCUUGUGCUUCUCGUCAUCUCCACGGCAACAGACCACUGGAUGCAGUAUCGCUACUCUGGGAACGCAUCAAAUCAGGGACUCUGGAGGAUUUGCAUCAACCGCAAGUGCCAUGCCCACACUCUUAAUGUGGCAUUCUGGGAUGCCACACGGGCCUUUAUGUUGCUGUCAGUGCUCAGCUGUUUCGCUGGAGUGGUUUUGGGUGCCACUGCGUCUAACCGUCCCAGAUGCAGGCGGGUGAAGAUAGGAGGUAUCGCUUUGCUCCUGUCUGGCUUUCUUGGGAUUUUGGCUUUGGCAAUCUACACAGGCAUGACUGUGAAUUUCUUUGGCAAGCGUUACAUCGACUGGAGAUUCUCAUGGUCUUACAUUGUGGGAUGGAUCAGCAUCAUAUUAGCUUUAGCGGCAGGUGUUCUCCAACUUUGUGCCCAUAAGAGAAGCAUGUCUGAACUGAUACCUGCAAGCGUUUCAGUCACAGAAUGAAAUAAACUGCUUUUGGAUUCUUACA